UAGCCAUCCCCGGCGUGUGAGGGGACGGGCGGGAAGGAGGAAGCCGGGUGCGGCUGCUCCGUUAUCGCGCUGCUGGGAACCCGCUGCCUUGGCAUCUCCGCAGCGUUUCGGAUGGGCGGCACCGCGCUCCUCGCCCGUGGGAGAACCGGCUAGGCCUUCCCCCCCACCCCGCUUCCCCCGCCAUCCGUGAAGCAGGCUCGGUGUCGGGCAGGUGUAAUCCCCCUCCCUCCGUGGGGCGGGCGCCAUUAUCCUCACUUCCAUCCUCCGCAGAAUCCCCUCAGGUGUAUGUCCAAAGCGAUGGUUUCCUCAGCGCUCUGCAAGCACCCGGGGGAGCGGGAAUCAGCCUGCGGGGCUGCAGCCGUGGCUUUUGGCGCAUCAGGAGUUGUGUAACCAGCAUAUAAAAAAAUAAAUCGUCCUGCCGGGCUGGGUGAUUGCAGGGUGGCUGAGCACUCUCCUACCUAUAGCAUGCAGCCUUUGGGAAGAUGGUAUUCCCAGCGCACUGCUACAGAUCGUAUAUAAAUCACCUCUUCGCCAGAUGUCAUCUGGGAGUGUUCCUGGCUCAUCUGGAGAGUCCAUGUUUUACUAUCUUCUUACUGGUGUUGCUGCUUUUGGUGGUUUAUUUUAUGCUUACAGAAUAGUCAGUUCAUCCCGCAGCAACUACAUUGAACAUGUGAAUAUUCUUCAUGAGAGAUCUCAGGGGCGGAAAGACAAACGUGAUGAAGAAGAGACGGCUGAAGUCACUGAAGCAGAGACAGCCGUGGAAGAGGCUGAUGCAGUAGCUGCUGCUGGACCUGCAGCACAGGAUGACAAUGCUGGGGUAUCCCCAGAAACUGGAGGGGAGAAUGACCUACCAGCUCCAGAACCAUCCCCGGCUGUGGAGAAAGCACAGCAGGAAGCUGCUGCUGACUUGGAAGUUGCUGCUAAUUCAGAAGCUGCUGCAGUGCAAGAAACUGUGAGUGAAGUCUUGGAUGUUUCAGCUUCUUCUGCCCAUGAGGAAAACUUAGACAGUGUCAAGGAAGGAGUAGCCUCAGCAGAUCAAGAGAUUUCUGACACAUCCUCCAGGAGCCAGGAUGCUGAUGCUGAGGAGUCGGGGCAAACUUCAGAAGUUUCUGUGGAGGAGAAGACACCUGAAGAAGUUGCUAAGGAACCCUAAAGUAAGCAGUGCUGAAGCCUUUGAAAAGAUUUAACGGAAAUAUUUGUGCAAUGAACCAGCUGAUUCCUGUGUGAAAUCCCAUACUCUUCCUUGGAGACAAAAGAAUUUGUGCAGUUUCUCAUACCACGUGCUGCUCAUUAGGACCAGUAUUCAGUGCUGCAACAGACAACCUAAUACGAUUUAAGUUGGUUAGAGAGACGCUUCUGUGAUUAACAUCUCUGCUUUAAAGUAGCAUCCAGUAAUAACUUCCAAAGCACAGCCCAGCAUGUAACAAAUACACGUGCUAAGAGAAGCAGUAGAAUUAAUUGAAACCAUGUCAGGUGAACUCAUUCUAGGUCUGUGUUGUCUUGUUACGUACAUUAAUGUCUUACUUUUGGUCCAAACUGUGGUGCAUAGUUAUACCAUUUUAACAUUCCAUGCUAAAAUGUAAGUAAAAGGUUUUAACUAAUUUAAAA